CCAGAUAUCAUGUGUAUUACAUUUGUUUUGGUAAUUUUUACAAUAAAAGUAAUAGGAUUUUAUGCUUUAGUGUACUUCACUGGUGCCUUUCCAUCUAGCGCUGAAAAAAACUUCCAUAACUCCAAAUGUCCAAAGAGCUUUAUUUCCUUUUAAAUCUCUACAUCUUUUACUUCUUUUUGUCCGUCUUCAACGGUGCACACACGAUGUGUUAUUUUAAAACAGAAAAUCUUCAAAGAUUAAAACAUUCCCAGUCAACCAGCAGACGAGCAAAGCGCUCUGGCGCGUGAAGCUCCCGGGUUGCGGCUGCGAGGCGGUGCCUGGCACAAUAAACCUGUUGUUAACCUUGCUGUGAAAAUAUGUUUGAAGAAAACACCCAAUUGUUGUAUGAAAUGUAUUCAAGUAUAAAAUAAUGCCUUUUGUUGGACACAAACUUGAGCAAUGCAGGGGCACAAAAGUCCCCCAUGGUAUGUUCUUACGUCUUUUGUGAGGAUUGCGCUUUGGCGUCGCCACUUGGCGCGUUACCCAGACCCCUCUAUACGCGAUUGUUUCUUUCUUUCUAAUGACAUUUACCGGAUCAAAACAUGCUGUUAAUUCGAUCAGAAAGCCUCACCCUUCGCAACAAUGCCAGAAUAAUUUCUCCCAAAGUUUGUUAAGUUGACCGAAAUUAGGCAAAUGAAUAGGGGUCUCCGAGCUACCCCCUCGCGCAGGUGACGGAGAAUAAUGCGCGUUAGGGCCAGCUGCAUUCUUCUUUAUUUCGCCGCUUUUCUUUCGCCGCAUUAUUAAAAUUUAGGCCAAUGAAACCAUUCACUCCACUCAAUAGACAUUUUCUUAUAGGAUAAUAGGAUACAAAUUGAGCCGUUCUGAAGAGAAUCCAGCGGUGGGUAACCCUCGUGUGUUCAAGGCGGCUGAAGCCUCGAGCGUGGUCGGAGGCGCCGCUCGUGUGCCAGGACGGGUCCCACACCUGCCGAGCCUUAGAACAAAACUUAAGAACGUAAACAAAAAGCUCGCCAUCGCCCCAUGAAAGAUGGACGUGUCACCAAGUCGCGUGAGAAACCCCGCGACCAUACGGGGGGACUCCGUCUCCAAAAGGUCUCCCUCGAACUCGGCGGAACAGCCUAUUAUGUGCAUACUUAAUUACUUUAACGACAGUAGACAGGCCUUAAAACGCAGACGGGCCAAGGACGCAAGUUAAGAUCGCUUGCUGAGGCUCGUAAACAGACGGUCGUGUGAGACGCCUUUUCUCGGUGGGGCAUUGUUUUCGUUGCGCGCGCUGCGCUCGUGAGGCUCCCGGGCGGAGGCUCUCCGCUUGCGUUUCUCGCCUGGGUAGUUACCAUGCAAAUAAUAUUCUUUGGCUAAUCACGUGUCUUAAAAGGGCCACGUGGAUUAACAAAACACGAUUGCUCCCCCCUGCCCCCCGCGAGCCCACGACUUCAGGUUUGUACUGUUGCUUUAACUGAUCCCAAGUGUACACAUUAACCAAAAGCUUCCCUUUAAUCCUAUGGAAUAAUUUAAGGCCAUGAAUGCCUGAGUCUCCUGCAAGGUCGCUUUAUAAGCGGCUGGACUUCUCCAGACACCUCAGUUAAGACUUGACGGAGGAACACACACAGGAUUUCCCUUUCACUUGUUUUGCGUGCUUUCGUAACUGCGUAUCAAAUUAUGGCAUCAAAGAUGAAGGACCGCAAGAAAACGCCGGUCUCACACAAGGUGAUAGAGAAGAGAAGGAGAGAUCGUAUCAACCGAUGCCUAAACGAACUCGGAAAAACCGUGCCCAUGGCACUGGCAAAACAGACUUCUGGGAAACUCGAAAAGGCAGAAAUUUUGGAGAUGACGGUGCAGUACCUGCGCGCGCUCCACUCGGCAGACUUUCCUCGAGGCAGAGAGAAAGGAGAACUACUUACAGAGUUUGCCAACUACUUCCAUUACGGUUAUCAUGAAUGUAUGAAGAAUCUUGUGCAUUACUUGACCACAGUGGAACGAAUGGAGACCAAAGACACUAAAUACGCCCGGAUUCUAGCCUUUCUGCAGUCCAAAGUGGUCACGGAGCCCGUUUUCGGCUCGCUCGGGAACAUAUCACCGGACGCCACGGACUACUUGUGCCAACUUCAUUCUUCCUCAGAGUAUCAGAGCCCGAGCCCAACCGAAUCCGUAUUUCAGCACAGCUCUCCCGGACACUUUUCAUGGCAUAGCUCGGCGCGUAGCCCCACGCUCGCGUAUCCAGCGGUGUCUCUCUCCGCGAGCACGCAACAACACGCGGGCUAUUUGUCGCCGGCGCAGGGACUUGAUCAUCACUACAUCAACUUCAUCGGCCACUCGCACGCGAACGCUUUCAGCUUGCACACUGCACAACACGCCGCUUUGUAAAUGUGUUUGUUUUUAUUUCUAAUUUAUAUGUGUAUAACUGUA